UGUUUAUCGCCCCCUAAAUGUUUUUCCCGUGAUGCUCCGCGUGGUCGAGCAGCAAGAUGGCGGACGCUCUGGAUGAAUUUAAGAAAGAAACUGGAUGCGUCCCGAUCCUCCAUCCCGAGGAAAUUAAACCCCAGAGUCACUAUAACCAUGACUACAGCGAGAGCGUCAGCCGCAAGAGCCAUGUGGACGACUACAGCACUUGGGACAUCGUCAAAGCCACCCAGUACGGGAUAUUUGAGCGAUGCCGUGAGCUGGUGGAGGCCGGAUAUGACGUGCGUCAGCCGGAUAAAGAAAAUGUCACACUUCUGCACUGGGCGGCAAUCAACAACCGCAUAGACCUGGUCAAGUACUACAUAUCUAAAGGUGCCAUAGUCGACCAGCUGGGAGGAGAUCUCAACUCUACACCGCUGCACUGGGCUACAAGACAGGGCCAUCUCUCCAUGGUGGUGCAGUUAAUGAAGUACGGCGCUGAUCCUUCUCUCAUCGAUGGCGAGGGAUGCAGUUGUGUGCAUCUGGCCACUCAGUUUGGACAUACCUCCAUUGUGGCAUAUCUCAUUGCCAAAGGACAGGAUGUGGAUAUGAUGGAUCAGAAUGGCAUGACCCCUUUGAUGUGGGCGGCAUAUCGGAUGCACAGUGUUGACCCGACACGGCUGUUGCUGACGUUUAACGUGUCAGUGAAUCUGGGUGAUAAGUAUCAUAAGAACACGGCUCUGCACUGGGCGGUUCUGGCUGGAAACACUACCGUCAUCAGCCUGCUGUUGGAGGCCAAUGCUAAUGUCGACGCACAGAACAUCAAGGGGGAGACGCCGCUGGAUUUGGCCAAACAGAGGAAAAAUGUGUGGAUGAUAAAUCAUCUGCAGGAGGCCAGACAAGCCAAAGGUUAUGACAGUCCCUCGUACCUGAAACGGCUCAAAAUGGACAAGGAGUUCAGGCAGAAGGUGAUGUUGGGAACUCCGUUCCUGGUGAUCUGGCUGGUGGGAUUUAUCGCCGAUCUGGACAUUGACUCCUGGCUCAUCAAGGGUGUGAUGUAUGCAGCGGUGUGGCUCAUCGUGCAGUUUCUGUCCAAGUCUUUCUUCGAUCACUCCAUGCAUAGUGCUCUUCCUCUGGGCAUCUAUCUGGCUACUAAGUUCUGGAUGUACAUCACCUGGUUUUAUUGGUUCUGGAAUGAUCUACCUUUCGUCACCAUCCACCUGCCCUUCCUGCUCAACAGUCUGGCUCUCUUCUACAACUUUGGCAAGUCCUGGAAGUCCGACCCUGGUAUCAUCAAAGCAUCCGAGGAGCAGAAGAAAAAGACUAUAGUUGAAUUGGCAGAAACAGGCUCUCUGGAUCUCAGCAUAUUCUGCAGCACCUGUUUGAUACGCAAGCCAAUCAGAUCGAAACACUGCGCUGUUUGCAAUCGAUGCAUCGCCAAGUUUGAUCACCACUGCCCGUGGGUCGGCAACUGCGUAGGAAGUGGAAACCACCGUUACUUUAUGGGCUACUUGUUCUUCCUGUUGUGUAUGAUCUGUUGGAUGAUAUACGGAUGCAUUUGCUACUGGAGGAUUCACUGUGCUACCAGCUACACUAAAGAUGGCUUUUGGGUCUACAUCACCCAGAUCGCCACCUGCUCGCCGUGGAUGUUCUGGAUGUUUAUCAACAGUGUGUUUCACUUCAUGUGGGUCGCUGUACUCAUCAUGUGCCAGCUCUACCAGAUCGCUGUUCUGGGCAUCACUACAAACGAGCGCAUGAACGCCAGAAGAUAUAAGCACUUUAAAGUUACAGCCACGUCCAUCGAGAGCCCUUUCAAUCAUGGCUGUAUGAGGAACCUCAUAGAUUUCUUCGAGCUGCGCUGCUGCGGUCUGCUGCGGCCCGUGGUGAUAGACUGGACCUCCCAGCACACAAUAGAGUACGAUCAGACGUCCGGCUCAGGAUACCAGCUGGUGUAGCGCGGUGAAGGAGCGACAGAGCGUGAGAGAAGACGGAGCGAGAGGGAGAAGAGGGGAGAGGUUUUCCUGAAUUGCUGCUCAACCGGGACCAUCUCCUUCACCGAGACUGCAGACCUCACCCAGUCAGGAUUAACGCAUGCUGUCAUUGGUUACCGUCACCAACUCCACCCGCCCACUGCACCCGAGACGCAGGGACACGAGGAACAGGAAGAGGAGGAGUUUAAUGACAACAGAGGCGGAUCCUCGAUUGGUCAGCAGAGAUGUUUGUGUUUUGUUUCGCACAUCGACUGCUUUUCGUUUUACCUUGGUUUUCUUCCUGUGACCCCUUUUUUGUUGCUUUUAAAGUGAUAUCGGAUCUUCGUCAUGCGCAAGUCCUGGUUCAACCUGGAACUCUGUGUAAGAACGAGAAUUAGCAUAGCAAAAGCAUCAGGCGAUAUAGCGAUUGUGGUUUUAAGGAAUUGUUCUGGCCAAAAUUAGACUUUUAUUAGUAUUUAUUCAUCCUCAUGUCGCAUCAAAACCAUGUGACUGACUUCCUAUGAGAUAUUUAGCAGAAUGUUCAGGCUGCUCUUUUCCAUACGAGUAGAAAGUGUUGUUUUUUUUCUACGGAGAAAGCAAUACGCAUAUGUUUGGAACGACAUGAUGAUUAGUAAAUAACGGUAGGUGAACGAUUCCUUUAAGCUGCCUUGAUUCGUCUGAUCGUGAAUCAGAUCAAAACAGGCAUCCUAUUGGCAUGCAUUCAUACGACUAGAGAGAUGCCCCGUUUAAAUAAUGUGACUUAACAUAUUUAUUUUAACCUAUUUAUGUAGUGUUUUUCGAAGAGUAAUUAUGGUAUCAUGAGGUCAUUUUACAUGUCUUCAUUUCAGUUUUUACAUUUGCAGCAUGUUUAAUAGUUUAGGUGGGGUGAGUCCUACGAAACGUGUCAAGAAAAUGAAGCUGGGUCAUAAUUUCACCCAAAAAUCAAAAGAAAAAAAUAUUAGAUUAUAUUUUGUUUAGAGAAAAUGAAGCCUGUUUUUGCAUUUUAUUAUUGUUUUCAUGAAAAUUAAAUACAUUUCCUCCAUAAUUCUCAUUACCAUCAUGCACAAAAACCUCUCAUUGCUGUAUUUAAAUAUCAAAGUAUUUAUAUGAUACUGCCUUUAAAUUAUGCUAUUUUUUAAAUCAUUGUAUUAUAGCCAUUGUUUAAUGCAAAACAAAACAAAAAUACUGUAUUGCAAUGAGAAUUACAACAAAAACGCCUGAACGCAUUAUGGUAAUGAGCACUGGGAAAGAGAAAUGUGCUGAAUUUACAUCAAUAUAACGUUACAACAAUGCAGAACAGUCUUCACAUAUACAUAUAUAUGCCCACCUAUAUGUGCACACUUAUUUUUUGUUCACACAUGAAGUGUGACCUGGACACGUUCUUGAUGCGUUUAUGAGAUUAAUCCAGGUUUCCUUUGAAUUUACAAGGCAUAACACACUCGUAUGUGAACGUCUAUAUUUAUUAUGUAUGAGUAGUUUUAGGAAGUGUAUACAUUUAAAGUUGAAAUGCUGUUGAAUAGCCAUUAAGUGGAUCUGAUAGCUGUAUGAACUUAAAGGAAGAUGCCGUUUAACGCACCAGAGGGGCUCCUUCCGCCUUUUUUUUUUUUUUUUUGUGGCAGCGACAUUAUUCAUCUGCCUACAAUGCACUGAUCUUUUUUCGUUUUGUUCGUCGUUACUGAAGCGUCGCCGAGGGAUCUUCAUGUUUACGUAAAAAGAGGAAGCUCCUCCCCUUUUGCUCUCCUCCAUUUCCUCUUCCUGUUGGUGUGGCGUUGUCAUGGCAGCAGCUGACAGGAUGAACUGAUGUAAAGAAUGUGCAUCUGUACAUAAACGAACUAGAUUCAUUAUUCUGUGAGUGACUUUCGUUGGUUUUUUUAUUUUCGUCUGUGUUAGUUGAAGCUGCUCCUAAUUUUUUUUUAUCUUACCAAAAAGCGAAAAAACAAAAAAAUCGACUAUUAUCAAAGUGUAUGACUGUAGCUUUUAGUGGCGUCUGGCACUGCUGUGUAUAGACCUUUGACCUUGCAAGUCUCCACUGCAUGUGUAAAGCCUGGACAUAGUGAUCACCCUGUCAUCCGAAAGACGCCCCGUCUGUAAAUAGUGAAUGUUCAGUAUUUGCAACCGGGUUUUUUGUUUUUUAUUUUAUUUUAUUUUAUUUUUUAUUCUUUUCUGUUUGUUUUUACAUUUUAAACCCGAUGUGUGUAUUGUUCUUGCGUGUCCCUCAUGCUCUGCGGUCGAUCGGAGCUCUGCAGAUGUAUUAUAUCUGAAUGUCCCAUUCUCGUUGAUUAAUAUUCAGCCUAAAGGGUUUCUUUUGUAUGUUUCAUUGCUGGGUUUGUUGUACCACUGGAUGUACAAACUGUAAAUGCCAGAGAAGGAGACGUGGUCGAUGGGCCCUGUGCUGUAAUAUUGGGAUUAGGCACAGUGACGGUCAUUCAUUCAUACAUGUGACACUGUUUUUAGAGAAUAUAUUCACUCUGUUGUUCCUCUGCCUUUACGGUUUGGCCGGCUGUUUUCCCACCAUGUGAAAAGCACAUGCUCAUCUCCAGUGCCUCAGCUGAGAUCAGGACGUCACCCUACUCUGCUUCAGAUGUAACUUAUUGGGCAUGGUUCAAUUUUAAUGGCUUUAUUAAUAAAACAUUCGAAGGUGAAA